AUGAAAUUAGCAAUUGGGUUAGUAUUCUUGACUGUAAUAGUCGCAAUUAAUGGCGAUUCUGAGCGUUCGUGGACCGAUGAAGAUGGGGUUGAAAUCGAAAUCAUCAAAAAGAUCCCAGGUAAUCGUAUUUUAAGUUUUUAAAAAAAUUUAAAAAUUUUUGAAAAAUUUUCAUUUUUUUCAAUUAAAAAAUCAAAAAUUAUAAUGCAAAAUGAAAGUUCAGACAGCAAAUGUAAGAUCCGCGCGGAGCCCGGCGACCAUAUUCAACAAUAUUUCAAACUGACCGACCCUAAGGGCACCGUAAUCGGCUCGAAUUUCGGCCAAAAACCCUACGAAAUCAUCCUCGGCAGAGGCACCGCGCUUCGCGCAAUGGACUACGCCAUGCGAGGAAUGUGUAUCGGAGAGCAGCGGCGAGUCAUCAUCCCGCCAGAGGCCUACGAAGAGGAUGAAUUGCCGAGAGGCGCGGUUCAAGGCGACAACUUGCAUUAUUUCGUGGAAUUGAAGGCCAUUUUCCGCCCAAUCCCCGGCGAAAGCUGGACUGAAGACGAUGGGUUGCAUAUUGAGGUGAGGAGAGAUACUUUUGGAGUUAAUUUCCCUCAUUUAUUACUGGUAUUUUACAAUAUUUUCGCUAAAAAAUCAAAAAAAUCUAAAAUUCCGUAAUUUUUCGCCAUUUUUCCCCCAAAAACCAGACCAAAAUCACCAAAAAUACUUGAAAAAUUUAGAGAAAGUCUAAAAUACAAUUCGCUUCAGCUACAUAUACUCUUUUACUAUCAAUUUCCACAGUAAAACCUCAAAAAAGUGAGAAGGUCCCACCGAGAUUUGAACUCGGGUCGCAGGAUUCAGAGUCCUGAGUGCUAACCGCUACACCAUGGAACCGCGGGCUCUCUUGCCUUUUCUUUCUCUCUUCUUGCAAAAGAGCGCUUUUUCGGACCAUGAAAAAAAGGCGAAAACAGUCCUUUCGUUCGGUUUUCGAAAAAAAUUUGGCCAUUUUCAAGGGAAAGAAAGUGUAUUUUAAUGAGAAAUACGAUUUCAGGAUAUUCAUGAAAGUUUUUUGACAAUAAUUUAGCAAAUUUGUAGGAUUUUCCCAAAUUUUUGAAAAUUUUUGCCUACUACAAUAUAAAAACAUCAAAAUUUCUUGUAUUUUAUUGUGAAAUACGAUUUCGAGGUAUUUAAAAAAGUUUUUUGACAAUAAUUUCGCAAAUUUGGUGGAAUUUUCCCCAAUUUUUUUUUUUAAUUUUUUGCCUACUACAAUAUAAAAAGAUCAAAAUUUCUUGCAGCAAACGCAUGUGGUCCCCGAAGAGGAGUGUAUCAAGGCCGAGAAGCACGACACCGUCCAUCAACACUACACGAUUCGGCUGCAGGACGGGACUUUCAUCGACUCCUCGUAUUCGCGCGGCAAGCCGUUCGAGUUCGAGCUGGGCGUGGGGCGCGUGAUCAGCGGCGUGGAUCGUGCGAUGUUGGGGAUGUGCGAGGGCGAGAAGAGGAAGGUGAUUAUCCCGCCGGUGGCCGGCUACGGCGAGGAGGGGAAGGCGGGCGUGAUUCCGCCCAACAGUUGGCUGGUGUUCGAAAUUGAGCUCACAAAGUUGGUGAAAAACCGAAAGGAGGAGUUGUAA